AUGAAGAAGCUAAUGAAUUCCAUCACUUCCUUUAGCUUCAGCUAUUCCAAUGGCGAGCCCCAAACUCCGACCAGAACCCCGACCUCCGCUGCUUUCGCCGAGUCCUCUUUUCAAACCCCCAAAUUCGAAUCGAGCUUUUACGAUCCUCGUGUGACAUGGGAUACGGCGGAUCCGUAUGCUUCGAGUCCGGAGCUGCUCAAGACACCUCAAAGAUUUGUUUUUGGAGGGACACCUGGGUUACAGCAGCAACAUCCACAACAGGCUUUUGACACUUCGUUUGGACAGCACCUCUCGCCUAAUGUCACGUUGAAGGGACCUGGGAACACCGAUACGAUCAAGCGGAGACACUCGACGAAGCCUACUGCUGCUGCUGUGUUUGGAGAAGAAGGGCCGGGAACAAUCAACUCGGUCCGGUCAGCUGCCACCAUACAAACUCCUCCGCCGACGAGUACAUCACAUAGAAAGACUUUGGAUCCUGGAGAUGGAUAUUUUGGCACUUCGAGGAAACUGUCUGCCGUCACAGAAACGCAACUGGAAACGCCGAGUCGGAUAAUAGCUUCUUCACCACAUUUGUUUGCCAAUUUCCAGAACUCGCCCGACUUUUUUCAGUUCUCAAAUAUCGACGCGACUGCGUCGCCUUUCUUUCCACAGCAAAAACUCUUUCUCGACCAGGAUGUGGAAAAUCUGCCGUCACAGGCCUCGACUGAUCCCUUUGCGGAUGCCGGGACAUUUAUGGCAACAUCUGGAGCGGUCUCACAAUUCCAGGCGCUUGAUGUUCCGCCGCUUCCUACGAUACAAGGGUCCUUGGACUUGCCUGAAUUUAGCACAGAUAUGAACAAUAUGAACAAUAUGAACUUUGGUAUUGGAUCUGCAGCCCCGGCCGAUGCAGCUUUAUUUCCAACGCCAUUCUCGGCCUCCCCACGAGUGCCAAUGACAAAAACUGAAGACCCUAGCUUGUUUCUGAGUUCGCCCGCUCGGCGUUUCGGCCCUCCACAGUCCGUACCACAACCGAUGAGUGCUUCUAAACCAAAAAGACAACCGUAUCAUCACCAAACGGAAGAAGCUAAAAGAGAGCAAUUGCGUCGGGCAUCAGAACAUCAGCCAGCCAUUUCAGACGAAGAGGAAGACGACGACGACUUUACUCCACGAGCUGCACCAAGCAUUCGACCUGGGUUGGCCAGAAGCAAAACUACGACUGCUGUCUCUACUAUACACUCCCGACAGCAGAGCCAGCAAUCGUUUGGCAGCCUGGCAUCGACGAAUGGUGUCAAAAAGACGCCAUCCAAAGGUCGUUCAUCUCCAGUCAAGGCUAUCAGACAGUCAUUGCCACGGGCUAACUCGUCCGGUGUUCCAACACGCUCUCAAUCUUUAAUCCUUAAAAUUGACAAGGAUGGCCGGGCAAAGACCGAAUUCCAGGAUGCUCUCGAGGCAGCAGCUGGGGGUUUCACCGGUCUGACUGAUCCAAUUUCCGAAAUGGACAUUGACGGGUUCAUUACUGAAAGUGAGACUGAUUCUGCAGAAUUCUCAGACAGCCCUGCUUUUCACAGCGCACGUAACUCGUUCGCAUUUCCAUCGGCUGUCACACGACCAAAGGUUAGCCGGACAGGUUCUAUAUCGCGACCCAACUCAAAGAGUUCUUUUGCUUCUACCGUGAGCAGCUCCUCUGGCCGUCGAUCACCGUGGGCAGAGUCCCGGCCGGCACGACCUCAAUCAGCUAUAAUGUCAGGAGAUUGGGCAAACACGCCACAACGAUUUGCAACAAUCAGUAAUGCCAACUUUACUCGUCAGUCGUCUUCUACAGAUAGCACACUGCCUGAUUCAGAGGAAGAUGCAGGCGAUGCACAACACGCUUUGAGACAGGUUCUCAAAGGACGUGGAAGGAAUACAAUUGGACGAGCUGCGGGUAGUAAUAUUAUGAAGGCACGAAUGUCUGGGUCGCAAACGAUGCACCAUCUACAGUCAUCGCCUCCUGGAAUAGGUGCGAUGUUUGAUCUGAGAUCUGGUGACUCGACGUCUCCUACGACACUCACCGAUCCUGACCUAGCGACACCGAGUUCAGACCGGCACAGCAAUCCCAGCAGUGGAACGAGGUGUGUGUGUAAAUCAUUGGAUAACGGCGGCCAUCUCAUGAUUCAAUGGUACGUCGCUUUGGUCGACAAUAAAUACGCAGAACUGACUUUCAUAGUGAAUCGUGCAGUCAUUGGCUCCAUACCAAAUGUGUUGGUCUCGAUCGAUCCAACCUUCCUCCGGUGUAUAUAUGUGUAUACUGCUCAUCAACACCCAUGCGUGGCGGCCGUCUACGAGACCCCAUGGCAACAGCAAUGUCGCAAGCAGCAUCCUCACCCCUAG